AACCACACACUUUACUUACCUGGAGGAGGCUUGACCGCUUCUUUGUGUUGGGGUUUACAGUUAGCUGCUUUUCCAGUUCUUGCCGGUUAUGACCGGUUGAAGACAAAGCACUGAUGAAUGUGUGAAUCAAACAAAAACGGGACGCCCGAGAUAAAGGAAAAAGCGAUAAAAUCGAUACGUUUUUAGAAAAGUUGCUACCUUAUCUAAAUAAAUAAUAAAGUUACCGUUAAACUACUCUACUAAAACGCCCAGUUUGAAUUGGUCGUCGUUAAAUUAAACGGUCGAUGAUUUUUGAGGUUAUGUUGGGUCGAUCUUACAACAUCGAGGCGGAAAAUCCCUAAAUUUAUGUCCGCCCAUGGGUCGAAUUUCAGCGUAAUAACAAAAACGACUGCAUAGAUUUCGUCUCCAUUACUUUAUUGAUGUUUGUACAUUCGUGUAUAUUUUAUUGUUUGCUUUAGAAAGUUACAAAACUGAAGUUGCACAACGCACGAUGGACUGCACGCCUCAUUUUGACACUCGUUCAUCAUUGCGCAACGUCCCACCGACUGCAUACCACCAUGACAUUUAACAAACGUCACCCACAAAAAUAACAUGUUGACGUUUAAGUGUGAGGUUAGAACGUAAUGGCUAGAGACGAUAAAUUAUUUUUUCACAAAACCGUUCAACAUUUAGCGCGAUCUCUAGCCAACAUCAAGAACACACCAUGGGACAAGGUAAAAACGCUGUACUCGCUAUGUCCCGUGGAGACGAGCAACGGCACCAUAGCGCUCAACAGCCGCCAGCAGGACGCCGUCAUAGCUCUCGGAAUCUACUUCCUCGAAUCAGGCCUCCAGCACAAAGACACUAUCUUGCCGUACUUACUUAGGCUAGCGAAGGCGCUGGGGAAGGCGGCGUGGCUGGACGAGAUCAAGCAGAACCCCACUGACCAUUUAGAUUCUUUACGAAAAAAUGAAAACCCCAGGAAUUGUUUUAACACCGCCACACUUCUUCCAGGCAUCCCCGUGGCGGAGAAAUUCAGCUUCAGCCUGCACACCCUCCUCAGCGACAUAGCUAUAAAAUGCGAAAGCUGCCGCGACGAGAUCAUAGACACCCAGGUGGAAUGCUUGAUCCAGCUGACCAACAGCAUCAGCAAAGUGCGCGAGCACAUCAACAGCGCCGUCAAAUUCUUCCUCUGCAAGACCACAAUCCCCGUGCUUAUAGGGCUGUCGAGGGCCAUGGGCCGGUUCUGCAACAGCGACCCGCCCCUGAUUUGCCGGCUGUACCCCAAGCCCGAGCCCCCCAUAGCGCACUCCGUCAACGCCGACCCCACCAACUACAAGCGCAGUUUCAGCAACUUUCGCUCGAUUAUACCUCGCAGUCUCUCUGGGAAUUUGGCUGCAACGGUCGACAUUCUGGCCAUAACUCAAGGCUACGACACGACGGACAUCGCUUACAACUCGGCGUCCUUGAAACGCGGCUCUCUUAUUAACCAAAGUUUGGGCAACUACGACCCCUCGACGUACUUUUUUGCGAAGUUCGGGUCGAGUUUUAACCAGUUUCCGCAUUUGAGGGUUAACGAUCCGAAUGAUAAGAAGUCGACGAUUAUUUUUCCGGUGAAGCAUCUGCAGAGUAUUCUGUCGUUGGCGAAGAAGUUGCUCACGAAGGAUAUGUUGAGUUUUUUGGAUGAGCAGUCGCUGGAGGUGUACUCGACGGGGAAAAUACAGAUUUUUCCGUAUAAAACCUUCUCGGAGGUUAUUAAUUUGGUGAUGGUGACGUUGAUGAGGGAAUUAUUACAGCCGCAGAAGAAUCUUCCAAUACCGUUUACUAAAGAUGUGCAGGAGUUUGUUAAAGGAUUAUAUUUAAACGGCCAGACCGAGCUGCAAAGCCGGAAUCACGACGCCAGCGAACGCGAAGAUCGCGAAAGCAAUUUUGCGUUGGUUAACAAAUUUAAAGUAAACGUUAUGGCGAACGCCGCAUGCGUAGAUUUACUCGUGUGGGCUAUCGGGGACGAAACAGUCGAUAAAGAGUAUAACUUGCCGACAUUGCUAAGGUUUUUAAUGAGAACUUUAGGUGCCGACAGCCUCUGCGGUCGCCUCACCGAGAAGAUCAACUCCAACCACGGUUACAAGCUCGUCUUGGCCCACAUGCCCUUACUCAUGGUGUGUCUCGAGGGACUAGGAGCCCUUGCCCAGAAAUUCCCCAACAUAGCCUCCACCUCCAUCUACUGCCUCCGCGACUUCCUCAUUACCCCCUCCCCCAUCCUGUCGAAGCUCCACCGCCAAGCCAACGACAAAGGAAACAAAGAGAAACUGAAAAAUAUAGCACACGUGAAUGGCUUGAAAGCGGACGCUGCGAAGACGAUGUCCCCGACGCUAUCCGCGUUCGAGAAACUCAGAGAUGCCGCUAUUGAGAAUCUGUGUUACGCGCUAGAGGCGGCACACUCGUCGGAUCCCGAUUGUGUCCGAGCGUUAGUCGCUUCGGUGUCCAAUCGGCUGUUUACGGCAGAGAAGAGCGACAGCGAAUCGACGUUGAUUUCAACCAACAUCGUGAUCAUGUUAGGUCACGUGGCCGUGUCGAUGAAAGGGACCCCGAAAACGACGGACACGAUCUUGCAGUUUUUCCAACAGAGAUUUUGUCGGGUGCCUUCGGCUCUAGACACUCUGAUCGUUGACCAGCUGGGGUGUAUCAUCAUAGCGCAGUGCGAAGCGCACGUCUACGAAGUAGUCAUGAAAAUGUUCACCAUGAUCACGGUGGAAAGUAGCAGCGCGGCGUACGGGAACUCCACGAACGAAAAGGCGCAAUACAGACACGUCUCCCGCCCCGUCAUCAACGCUUUAGCUAACAUCGCCGCCAACAUCCAGAGCGAAACCCAAAUGAAUGAGCUCCUGGGGCGGCUUCUAGAGCUCUUCGUUCAACUUGGUCUCGAAGGCAAGCGCGCCAGCGAAAAAUCCCCAGGUGCUCUCAAAGCGUCAAGCUCAGCCGGUAAUCUCGGGGUGCUCAUCCCCGUGAUCGCCGUCCUCCUGCGCCGGUUGCCCCUCAUCAAAAACCCCAAGCCCCGAAUCCACAAGCUCUUCCGCGACUUCUGGUUGUACUGCGUCAUUAUGGGGUUCACAGCCUCCGACUCGGGUCUCUGGCCUAACGAGUGGUACGAAGGCGUUAAAGAAAUCGCGGUAAAGUCCCCAGCUCUCGUCUCCCCCACGUCCAGUAGGUCCGAAAUGCGCGAACUCCAAUACACGAGCGCGGUCCGCAACGACAGCGUCUCCUUCAACGAGCUACAAGAACUCAAGAACCAAAUCCUCGAGUUGUUGAAGCACCCAACCGAGGUCACUGCAUACGUGAGCAAGCUCACGUUCGCACAAUGCACGUUUUUACUAAGUGUGUACUGGGUGGAGAUUCUGCGGAUACAAAACUCCCCCGAACCUAGUCUAGUGCCAAUUAUAACUGAGUAUUUGAGCGACUCCGCCCUCCAGAAGGACAAGUCGGGGAUGUGGGUGUGCGUUUCAAGCGUGAGCGAACGCGUAUUCGAGAAAUUUUUGGAAGUAAUGAAGAACAAACCAAAGAAUGAAGCACGGGAGGCGGAGCUUGAAGGCCACGCCCAGUUCCUCCUCGUACAUUUUAACGACCCCCACAAGCAAAUACGUAGAGUUUCGGAUAAGUUUCUCGCGAGUUUGGUAGACAGGUUCCCACAUUUGUUAUGGAGUAGGCGUGUCUUGUGGACCAUGCUUGACAUCCUACAAGUGUUGUCGUACUCGUUGCAAUUGGACCCGAAUCAAGAAACGCCCACUUUGAGAAUACCGCAGACGCCAUAUUCGAUUCAGUUGAUGGAUACGUUAGAAGCUAGGGAAACAAUUGUUAAAGAUUUCGCAGCCAAUUCUGAGCGGAUUGUCAAGGAGGCGAUGAAAUGGGCACCCCAAUGGACGCGCUCCCACAUCCAGGAAUACAUUAACCAGAUUCCUAGUACCGGGAUGUGGCACCAUACGGGGUUAUCCAUGGCGCUGGAGUCCAUUUUGCAGUUUGGACCCUUGAAUCUGUACAGUGCACCUUUGAGUAUUAGCACUUUGGAGAAGAGACCCAAGUGCGUCAAGAGCGACUCGUCGAAGUUGAUGUCCACGUCGGCGAUGAGGUCGAAGUACAUCGGAGAGGUGAUCGGUAUGUCUGCGGUUUACGGUACUGAAGGUAAAGCGGCUUUGGUGGACUUCAUCUUGAAAAAAGUGUGGUCGGCGUGUCGCGAGCGGUCCGACAGCGAACACAGAGAUGCGCUAUGGCAAGCCACGGCUCUUCUAAUAUCCACCACCGAGUUCAAUCGGAAGUUACUGCACUGUAUUGCGUGGUCUCAGGUCGAACUUUUCACGACGGAAGCCAUGCGAAGCGCCGUGGAGUGCUGGCAGUGGCUCAUCACCUCCAAACCCGAGCUGGAAAUCCGCUUCCUCCAGGAGAUGGUGUCCGCUUGGAACUGCACCGUGCAAAAACGCAUCGGUUUAUUUUCGACUUCCCAGCCCUUAACUAGUCCUUUGGCGGCCUACGAAGGCGCUCGUUUAGAACCGGACCCACCCUUCGUGAAACCUCACGGGAUCUGGGUGCAGUUCAUCUGCGAACUAGUCGAAACCGUCAAGUAUAGUAGCUACGAGAAAGUGGAGAUGUUGGCGAGUUUGAUACACCGGUCUUUGGCGAUGUGUGUGGGGGCGGAUCCUCCGUGUCAAACGAGAUCGGUUUCAGCGAUUGGUGUACGAUUCAAAUUGCUCACUUGUGGACUGUCGCUUUUACAAGGUGAUAUUUUACCCAAAAGCCUCGCCAAGAAUGUUUUAAGAGAGCGCAUUUAUUGUAAUUGUUUGGAUUAUUUCUGUAAACCGGUGACUUGUCCGUCGCAGUCGGCGACGGAGCUGCGUGAAGACAUUACCACGUUGGUGAGGUUCUGGCAGACUUUACAUUCCGACAAGAAGUACCUGAAGGCUAGUGACGUUGGAGAUCUAGAUAUCGGGGCUACCACACCCAUGUCCAUGGUACAAAACAACGAAUUAGCCAAACCUGGCGAGUUUAACCGAACUACGAGUGGCUGGAUCAACACAGUACCUUUGUCGAGUAGUACUGCUACCUUGAGCAAACGCUCGGCUAAGUCCAAACGAGUACCAAUGGCCGACAACUUCGUGAAGUGCUACCUGAAGAAGAGAAAUCUCAUUCUUGAACUCCUGGCUGUAGAGAUCGAGUUUCUGGUGGUUUGGCACAACCCUACGUCCCGUCAGGAGUUGUUGAUCCCCGGGGAAGACAAUAUAGCGUCGUGGAGGGCUAAAACCAUCACGGAAAAGCAGUGGCAGGACUAUACUAGACUAGCCUGGGAUAUUUCACCGGUUUUAGCCACGUAUUUACCGGCACGUUUUAAAACCAAUGAAGCUAUAAUGAGUGAAAUCCGUCACCAAGUCCAACAAAACCCUGUGUGCGUGUCGCACGUACCCGAAGCCUUGCAGUACCUCGUUACUACCGACGCCAUCUUAUCAGAUAGUGCCAAACUAGUACAUAUGUUGACGUGGGCUCGAAUCUCACCCAUCCACGCUCUGGCCUACUUCAGUCGGCAGUUUCCGCCGCACCCGAUUACGGCGCAGUAUGCGGUUCGGGUACUCAGUUCGUACCCAGCCGAUGCCGUUUUGUUUUAUAUCCCGCAGCUGGUGCAGUCGCUCCGACACGACACGAUGGGCUACGCCACCGAAUUCAUCAAAUACAUAGCGAAAAAGUCCCAAAUCGUCGCCCACCAACUCAUCUGGAACAUGAAGACAAACAUGUUCCUCGACGAAGACAUGCAACACAAGGACUCCAUCUUGUUCGAUUCGCUCGAGUCCCUCAGUCAAGGUAUCCUGUCCGAGCUGUCCGGUCCGGCUAAACAGUUCUACGAACGCGAGUUCGACUUCUUCGGUAAAAUCACGAACAUCUCCGGCGAGAUUCGGCCGUACCCGAAGGGACCCGAGCGUCGACGGGCCUGUUUGGAGGCUCUGAGGAGGAUCAAGGUGCAGCCCGGUUGCUACCUUCCCAGUAAUCCUGAGGCGAUGGUCGUGGACAUUGACUACAACAGCGGGGUUCCCAUGCAGAGCGCCGCCAAAGCGCCCUACUUAGCGCGGUUCAAAGUGGCCAAGUGCGGCAUCAACGAGCUGGAGAACAUCGCCAUGGCGGUGUCCGUGAACGAGAAUCAUGAACAAAGUUUCGGGCCGGAAAUGUGGCAAGCCGCCAUUUUUAAAGUCGGGGAUGACGUCAGACAGGAUAUGUUGGCGCUACAGGUGAUCGGGAUUUUCAAAAACAUAUUCCAGACGGUCGGGUUGGAGCUGUAUUUGUUCCCGUAUAGAGUAGUGGCUACUGCUCCUGGGUGCGGCGUCAUCGAGUGCGUCCCCAACGCCAAGUCACGCGAUCAACUGGGCCGUCAAACCGAUAUAGGUCUCUAUGAGUACUUCUUGAAGAAGUACGGCGACGAGAGUACCAAAGAGUUCCAACACGCUAGGAGAAACUUCAUAAUUUCAAUGGCUGCCUACAGCGUGGUGGGUUUUUUGUUGCAGAUUAAGGAUAGGCACAACGGGAACAUCAUGUUGGAUACUGAUGGCCACCUUAUCCACAUUGACUUCGGGUUCAUGUUUGAGUCGUCUCCCGGGGGCAACCUGGGUUUCGAGCCCGAUAUUAAACUGACGGACGAAAUGGUCAUGAUAAUGGGGGGCAAAAUGGAGGCUCCGCCCUUCAAGUGGUUUUCGGAGCUAUGUGUACAGGCAUAUCUAGCAGUCAGACCAUAUCAAGAAGCCAUAAUUUCUCUGGUGUCCCUCAUGCUCGAUACGGGUCUCCCUUGUUUCAGGGGACAAACGAUUAAAUUAUUACGUGGUAGAUUUCACCCCGAAGCUACCGAUAAGGAAGCGGCGACUUACAUGCUACAAAUCAUUCGUAACAGUUUCCUGAACUUCAGAACGCGAACGUACGACAUGAUUCAGUAUUACCAGAAUCAAAUUCCUUAUUAGAUAUCUAUGGGCUUAUGGAUGUUUAGGUAGAAUUUUUGCUGUGAUCACUGUAAAUGUUUUAUUUGAUGUAUCAUAAUUAACAAUAUAUUAUUAGAAGUUA